AUGCGGACUCACGCCAUCUUGGGUCUCACCAUUGGCCUGCUGGCUCUCGGCAUCGACGCGGCGAGCAUCAAGCAUGCCUCAGGCUCUCAUUCGACCAGACAGGUGAAUGGCGAAGUCAUCCACAAGAUCACCGAUGGCCUCGAUCGAGUAGUCACACCGCCAGGUAAGCCCAAAUUGGUGCUUGGCCAAAUGGCUCCCAAACGCAAGAGCCGCAAAUCAAAAUCCCAGCACACUUCGCUGUACAAGCAAGCAAGCAGCUCCUACGGCACCUCCACAAGCACCGCGUCAGCUGCCGAUCCGCGCAUUACCGACACACCAGCUAAUCUGCGCGCUGCGACCGCACCUAAGGGUACCAUAAACUCUCUCGGCAUGGGUCAAGAUCCGAGUCCUAUCGCACUGAAGAAUCCAAAUGGCACCGUAUCCUACUUCUUUCCCGAUUCUGACUUCAAGAACACUGCUUUGAUGCGCAUGAGCGCGGAUUUGAACAAAGCAAACCGAGCACCACCUCAGGCUAUACACACGUAUGGAAUGAUUGGUACCGAAGCACCGGACGUGGCAGUGUGGCAGGGCAGCCAGCUCAUCUACACCGUCUCGUCAACCAAAGACGACAAGUUGAGGGCUCUCACUAGCGAUACCGACGAUCCCCUGGGUACCUGGACCAGCCAUGGAGUCAUCACGUACCGGGGCCAACCAGCAGAAGGCUUUGACUCGCACGUUUUCACCCAUCCGAAUGGCAAGCGGUACCUGCUUUACUCCGACCACGCUGCCAUCCUGAUCGCUGAGAUGAGCUCACCCAACACACUCGCGAAGAAGCCAAAGCCCAUCGUCUCCUAUGUCGGUCAAGGCGGUGGUCCGCUCUCCAUCUUCAACUGCGAAGCGCCCGCUACGGUCUUGCUGCCGAACAAGAACGGAAGCACGACCGUCAACCUUGCGUUCAGCACUGGCGAUUUCCGCGCGGCCGACUAUCAGACGCGUUUAAUGUAUCAAGAUGGCUCGUUGGAUCCCACCGUUUCCCACCAUUGGCUGAUCGCGGAUGAGCCCAUACUUCGGACGGACCCGUUGGUCAGCGUCUACGGACCAGGCUCCGGCGGUUUCUUCGACUGCCCAUCGGCCACCGGUGAUGCAAACACUCUCGACGCCAAGUGCUUCGCCUACGGUGCUUUCUCACAAAGUAGCGGUGAAGGCAACGCUCUAUUUCCCACCGGUAAUAGGCGAACGAUUCGUGUUCAGCAUGUCGAUCACGACGAACAGGGUGUGAUUGAGCCCAUGCACGUCAUCGCCACGCCUGUCAUCAUUUAG